GGUGUCUCCGAUGGCCUCACCGUGCCCUUUGCCCUCGCAGCGGGGCUGUCCGGUGCCAAUGUUACCUCCAGCAUCAUCCUCAUUGCUGGCAUUGCUGAAGUUGCUGCCGGAGCCAUCUCCAUGGGACUCGGCGGAUACCUUGCAGCUAAAAGUGAAGCGGAUCAUUACAUGAGAGAACUGAAGAGGGAACAAGAAGAGGUGAUUGAGGUUCCAGACACAGGUAAUUUAGCCUUAACUCGCUUUGUUAACGAUAGAAAUCACAGACCAUCUGAAAUGACAUGAUAUAGUCCGGUUUGAGCAUAAGUUUUAGUAGCUUUACUUUUGAUUUCUCCAAAACGCCUCUACAUAUAGAGAUAAUAUUCUUUACUUAUAAACCUAUGAUUUUCCUCUUAAUUUAAUGAACGUGUGACUACUUCUAUAAUAAGUAAUCCUCAACAAUUCUCCCCUCGAACAACGUUUACCAUAGAACCUCACUUGAGGUUUCCUUCUCUGAAGCUCUCGAGCAGUCUCCCCUUAAUCGAGGCUUGACUCCUUCUCUAGAGCCCUUGAACAAAGUUCACCUUUUGUUCGACACUUGAGUUACCUUUUGCUACAUCUUCGAGGCUCACAACUUUUUUGUUCGACACUUAGGAUUCUAUUGACCGAGUUGAGAUAAGGGUGUGGAUCUGA